UUUAUCUGGAACCGCCGAUAUGGGCAGCCGCAAUCAACUGCUGAGCGCCCUGAAGCGCUGCCUGGGCAUGGGUCGACGCCAGCUGAGCGUUGGGCCACAUCAAGUGGUGCUGGUGACGGGCUGCGACUCGGGCUUGGGCCACUCUCUGGCUGUCUACUGCUAUAGGGCGCUGCAUAUGACAGUCAUCUCCUGCUGCCACAACUUGGAAUCGCAGGGCGCCCAGCUGCUGCAGCAGAUGAGCAGCGAGAAUGAGCGACGACGCAUGCACACCUGGCAGCUAGAUCUGCUGGAGCCGGAGUCUAUAGUGCAGCUACAUGCCAAACUUGAGCAGCUCUUGGCCAGCUCGGACUGCCAGCUGAUGGCGCUGGUCAACAAUGCGGGCGUCAUGUGCUUCGGCGAAUUCGAAUGGCAGCUGCCGGCGCAAAUCGAGCAUCAGCUCAACUGCAAUCUGCUGGGCACCAUGCGUCUGACCAGGCAACUGUUGCCGCUGCUGCGCCAGCAGCGAGCGCGCAUCAUCAACGUGACUAGCCACUGUGGCUUCCAGGCGCUGCCCGCUCUGGCACCGUAUGCUGCCACUAAGGCCGCGCUGCGGGUUUGGAACGAUGCACUGCGCAUCGAGCUGCAGCCGCAUGGCAUGGAGGUGAUCAACUUUGUGCCCGGUUCCUUUGUGCUGGAGAGCAACAUCGCCGCACGCCAGCAACAGCAGGCACAGCAGCAGUUGGAGGCAUUCAGCGCGGAGCAGCUGGCCUACUAUGGAAGCUACUUCAAGGUAUUCCACGAGUACCUGAGCAUGCUGAGCGGAUUCAAGAAACCCAAUCAGCUCCAGGACGAGGCACUGCUGGCGAAGUUCAAGGAUGCGCUGACUAAUGCUCAGCCGAAGACGCUGUACAUACACGAGCCCUGGCGCUAUAAGGUCUACCGUUGGCUCUUCAAGCUGACGCCAACUCCCUUGACGGAUUGGCUGGUGCUCCGGUUCUGUGCCAUGCCCAGCUUCGAGUCCGCGCAGCGCAGUUAGGUUUAAAUAGUUUAUUAUUCCUAGUAAUA